AAUACUAAAAUUUUAAAUUCAGCAUAUUACUCCUAUAUAAUUCCAAAACAUCAAAGAGAUUCCACAAUUUGACAUUAUUUCCUCAUUUAUUAUAUUUUGGCAAAUGAAAAACAACCAACCAACAAGUAGUAACAACAAUCGUUAAUUUCAAUAUAUUUAUACUGGGAAAACACCAGGGACCCCCUUAACCCUUUAACCCCCCCCCCCCCCCCGCAAACCUCACCCCAAUUUUCUCCUUUGAUGAAGGAAUAAAAACUCAAGAAAACCCCGCGCUCUCCUAGCUUGUCCCCUCAGAAAAAUAAUGAAGAAUCGAAACAGAGCCAAAAUCUCACCUAAGUGGAUUGUCCUUCUUUGCAUUUUUAGCUUUGCUCUUGGCAUGCUUUUCUCUAACAGAGUUUGGACUCCUCCAGAAUUAGAUGGAAGGAUUAUAUUUGGAAGGCGCUCUACGCAAGAAAGAGACUUGGCUUCUAUUUCUGAUGAUUGUGAAACCAAAAAUAGCCAGAAGGAGGGCAUGAUGGGAGAGUUUAACAAAGCCCAAGUAGCUAUCCAAUCGUUGGAUAGUUCAAUUGCUAAGAUUCAAAGUGAGCUGCCUUCAACUAAGGCUCCUCUAAUUCCACGGAAAACUGAAGCGGUUCAUUCCAUGAGAAGAGAUUCUGAAAGAAGUGGGACUAGAAAGAAGGCAUUUAUGGUUAUUGGGAUAAACACUGCCUUCAGUAGUAGAAGGAGGCGUGAUUCUAUUAGAGAGACUUGGAUGCCUCAAGGUGAAAAGCUACUUAAAUUAGAGCAAGAAAAGGGGAUUGUUGUGCGCUUCAUGAUAGGCCACAGUGCAACAUCAAAUAGUAUUUUAGAUCGGGCCAUUGAUAGUGAAGACGCUCAGCAUAAGGACAUUCUUCGUCUUGAUCACAUAGAAGGCUAUCAUGAGUUAUCUGCAAAGACGAAAGCUUUCUUCUCCGCUGCAGUUGCAAAAUGGGAUGCUGAGUUCUAUGUGAAGAUUGAUGAUGAUGUUCAUGUCAAUUUAGGUACACUAGCUGCAACUCUUGCCAGGCACAGGUUGAAACCCAGGGUGUAUAUAGGAUGCAUGAAAUCUGGACCAGUUCUUUAUCAAAAGAGUGUUAAGUACCACGAACCUGAGUUCUGGAAAUUCGGAGAGACGGGGAAUAAGUAUUUCCGACAUGCAACUGGACAGAUAUAUGCCAUCUCGAAAGAAUUGGCAACAUAUAUUACCAACAACAGACCUAUUCUGCAUAAGUAUGCAAAUGAAGAUGUAUCACUCGGAGCAUGGUUGAUUGGUCUAGAAGUUGAGCACAUUGAUGAUCGUAACCUGUGUUGUGGAACUCCUCCUGAAUGCGAAUGGAAAGCACAAGCAGGUAAUGUUUGUGUGGCAUCAUUUGAUUGGAGCUGCAGUGGGAUUUGCAAAUCAGUCGAAAGAAUCAAGCACGUUCACGCUAAAUGCAGCGAAAGUCCCGCUACUCUAUGGGGUGCUCUUAUUUAGUAGGAAUCUUUCUCGUUAUCCGAAGUAUUCUUCAAACAUGGCAUCUAUCAUCUCAAUUCCAAGAGGGUCAAAUUGUGGAUCAUUUGCAAGGAGGAGAUGCGAUGUCACGAAAGAUAAUUGCAGAGCUUUGUGGAGCGAGAACUUAAAACUGUUGUUUAUACAUACAGCCAAAAAAAUAAAAUUACAAUAUACGUAUUGCUUGCUAGAGAUUGUUGACCAAAAGGAGAGUAUGAAUAGUAGGAAGAGUGUAGUCCUCAUUACAUAUAAUUCUAUCCACAGAUUAGAGCCGAUGUGUUAGAGCUAUUAGUUUUGUAAUUCCACUGUAUAUUGUGGAAAUUUUUUUGUUGAGCUCUUGGUAUAAUUUCCAAAGAAUUUUUCGUCA